AUGCGCGUACUCGCAGUCACCGCAAUUCUUUCUUUCUCUCUUUCUGUUCUCGCGGUGCCUGUCGCGAACGCUGAGAUAACUCUCAUCGAGCCCUUGGAAGCACGCAGCCAGCGAGUUAACCCCGACGUUGGUCUUAUAGGACGGGCGGUAGUCGAUGGAGAGGACUCUAUCAAAGCUCGGGGCAGAGUCAACACCGGUACAGGACGGCCGAAACGAGAGGCCGAACCCGAGGCUGAAGUUGAGGCCCUGGUCAACCGUGGUCACAUUGUCCCAUAUCCAAGCACGGCCCUUGCGAUUCCAGUAGGCGACUUGGUUGAGCGAGCCCGUGGCUCCCGCCCGGGUGGGGAGGAGAGUGCUGCUGAUCCCCGCAAGUUCAAGACCGCUGGUGAUAGUCGACGAGAGGCCGAGACCGUUGAGCGAUCUAUGAAGAAUCCGGGAGGUGGCAUCCGUGAUGAUUCCGAGUCGAUCAUGCUCGGCAGCCCUGGUGGUCAUCGACGUGAAGCACACCCAGAAGUAUGGGGUAGCACCACUCGUCGGGAAGCUGUACCAGAGGCCAAAAACGGAUUGAACGUUGCACCAGGUGGCCCUUGCCCUCGUGAUGCGUCGCCCAUCAAAAUUCCACCAAGUGGCUGCCGUCGGGAUGCUGCUGCCCAGCCUAACAGAAUCGGCGGGGGUACUAGUGGCGGUCGACGAGAUGCCAUUCCAAGAGGCAUUCGCGGUAGUGGUGCUAACCCACGAGGCGUCCGUCCGGGCAACGGGAACAACCAAUAA